AAACUGCAGCCCCAAAAAAAGUGUGUCCAAACCCCCUCAUGCCAAUUUCCCCCCAAUCCUCAACAACAUCUCCUCCUCUCUCUUCUCUGCUCGCGAUCCCAAUGUCUCCCUCAGAUCUCCACCCUCGUCCCCUCCCCCUUCCCUUCGUGUUGCUUGGGUGCCAUCAGUAAUUACACGAAGGGGAAUCGAUCUGGUUCGCUUCCGAGUAGGUAAAGGAGGAAGGAAAGAAAGAAUGGCGUCGGCGUCGUCUUCGUCUUCGUCGGGGAUCUUUGCGUCGAUCUGCCUGCUGCACGCGGCGGUGGCGGCCACGUGCGGGGCGCUGAUGAUGUUCUACCUGAACGAGAUCGCGGUGGUGGGGCACGGGCGGGAGACGGCGCGGAGGUUGCAGGGGUCGACGCCCCACGACCAGCUGCUGAUCCAGACCUCUGACUCCUUCGCCGGCCUGCUUCUCUUCGCCAUCGGCCUCCUCCUCUUCAUGGUGGCCUUCGUCAAGGACCGCGACUUCCAGGCCUUCUUCGCCAAGGGCUGCAUCCUCCUCCAUGCCGCCAUGGCCUUGUGGCGCGUCUUCUUCGAGCGCCGCCUCGAGGACCUCGCCCGCGACUGGCCUCGCCAGCUCGUCGGCGACCUCGUCCUCAGCCUCUCCUGGGUCCUUUUCCUCGUCUACUCUUGGAGGGAGAAGUACGACUAAUACUGCUAUUCCUAAUACUAUUUGUAUCAUCAUCCCGAGGUAACCUCCCUUCCAUGGAUUGCUCAUGUGGUUCUAUUGUCUCCUUUCUAUGUGUAAUAUACGCUUGCUCUUCUUGUUGAUUGCCGGUACCUGGAUCGAUAUCUGGAGUUCCUCAUGUUAUAUAUGCUACGUCAUGACACCCUUGUAAAUGUUCCUUCUCUUUUUCUGAUCACAAUCAAAAUUGGGAUUUGUGAGCUCCGACUGUUAUCUGUUUCCAUCUUUGUGUACCCAAAGAGUGAUUUUGAUUGUUCUACCAUGCUCUGUACCAUCUUUGUAUUUAGCAUUACAAUUUAUGUGAGUAUUGCAUGGCUAAGCUUGUGAAUUCA